AUGUGGACAGCACAUAGAAAGGAGUUGGAGGUGGCGAUACACAAGGAGAAGGGCAAGGACCAUGCGGAAUCUGCGCCGGAUCUCCUGUCACAGGAAGACCGGCUGCGGCGGCGCCUCAGCAAGCUCAACAUGGACAUGAGCGUCUGCAGGGGUGACGGCAACUGCCUGAGAGCCGUCUGCGAUGUGUAUGGCAUCAUCAUCAAUGUUGUCACGAGUGACCAGCUCAAUUGGCGGAAGGACUCUCUGCGUGCUCUGAGGCCGUCGCUGAGCCUUACGCGCAAGUCCAUCAUCCAGGCCGCCAUAGACAAGGCGGACCAGGCUCUGCAGGAGAUGGCGAGCAUACCUGAGGGCCCAACAAUUGUUGAGCAGCGCAUCAGUGCCAAUGCACAGUCACAGUCACAGCCCGCCACCCCAGGCGGUAGGUCUCCUCGGAUGCCUCUUCUUCUUCUGGCACAGCUGCUGUCCUGA